AUGGAAUCGAAAGAUGGGGUGGUGGAAAUAGACCGCCUGGAACGGGGCUUAUUGUUGCCAGGCGCUGGUUCAAACAGUGGCUCUGAACCGACUGACAAUCCUAAUGAAGAAGAAGAUGAACCGGUUCUCUACAAGGCGUCGUUUGAGGAAGCCGAAGAGAAUUUCAUGAAAUACCAAACGGCUCAAUGGGUUUUGUACUCGUUGCUUUUGAUACUGGCAUGGGGCAUCGGUCUGUUCAUGUUGCUUUAUUUGCCGGUCCGGCGUUACAUUUUGCGGAAAGAUAUCCGGUCCCGUAAACUCUAUAUCACUCCCAAUGCCAUUGUUUACAAAGUUAAAAGGCCCGUGCCGAUUCCCUUUUUGGGGUUUUUGAAGAAAGAGAAGUAUGUUCUAUUGCCUUCAGUUGCUGACGUUGUAAUAGAACAAGGAUAUUUACAGUCCCAAUUUGGUGUAUACUCGAUUAGAAUUGAAAACGUUGGUGUGAGAAGGCCCUCAAGUGACGAUGUUCAAAUCAAAGGAGUUGCUAACCCUCAUGCUUUCAGAAAGGCCGUUCUUAUGCGCAUAUCUAGCAUGAGAGAGGAGGUUUUACCUAGACAAGUUUCUGCAAUUGAAGAUGUUCCAACUUCGAGGAUUAGUCACUCACCAAUUCCUUUGAUGUCCCCUUCAAAACCCCCAAGGCCUGAUUCAUUAACUUUUGCCAGCGAGCUGGCAAUCUUGCAAAAACUGGAGGAGGUUGGCAGUUCAGUAAAGAGAGUUCAAACUUUAAUUGAAGAGAAGAAUUCUCAAGCAUCAGAAGCAGUGGAUUGA